AUGACGGAGAUGCUGCGAUGUCUGGUGCCGCAUCUCGACAAGCACCUCGUGCUCGGCCUGCUGUACUUCCACGACGAUCAGGGCCUCGACGUGGCGGACGCCAUUCGCGCCGUGCAGGCCACGACGGCCCUCACGCCGGAGGGCGAAGUCUCCCCCGCGCAGGAGCGGAAGAUCGCCAAGGCCGCCCAGCGAGCCCAGCCCGCCCUGGAGGAGUUCUUUGAGAAGAACGAGGCGGAAAACAGCACCUACCAGUUUAAGUUAACCGGAAGUGAGAUUGAUGCGCUGCGUAGCAACAGGGAACUCUCACGUGAUGUACUCGAGGGAAAAGGCAUCACCCGAGAUGUGAUGAAGGCGGUGAUGGAGUUGGCCUAUCUCUGCUAUGAUGCCGCUCGCUACACAGACGCCUCGGAGCUGCUCUCACUCUGUCAAUGUGUGGUUGGAUAUGAACUCGACCAGAGCACACUGCUGUGGGGUAAACUCGUCAGUGAUACCUGCACCUGCAAUUGGCCCUCCGCUAUUGCCGUUGCGGAGAAACUGCGACGACAACAAAACGCGGAUGUCUUUGAGGAAGAUAUCUUUCGUGUUUCCACCGUCACUACCACCACAGAGCGGGUAUGGCUCCUACACUGGGUACUAUUCCCCUUCUUUAAGGGCGGUAAUCAAUACUCCACCCAUUUGCUGAACUUUAUCUUUGAUUUCAAGACAAACUCUGUCUAUCAAAGUGUGGUGGAGACGGUCUGUCCACAUUAUCUUCGCUACAUUUGUGCGGCGGCUAUUCUCAACAAACAACGUCGCUCCGCACUGCGUAGUGCUGCCGCCAUGGUAAGUGACAUCUACGAGUACUCUGAUCCACUGACACAACUCGUACACGCGAUUGUAAACCGACAAUCCUUUGAAGAUGCCCUCGCCCUCCUUCCCGCUGUUCGCACAAUGGCGCUUGGGGAUUACUUCCUCACCACACACACCACCACACUUGUGGAGAAUGCACGUCGCCUGAUCUUUGCACGAUAUAUGGCCACACACGCCGUUGUUUCUAUUCCGUAUGUGGCGCAGCAACUCGGCACAACGGCGGCCGAUGCGGAGGUGUGGCUUGCCAAUCUCAUCAGCGAGACGAAGCAGCGGGCGAAGAUUGAUUCCGUUGCGGAGCAAAUGGUGGUGGGAUCGCAGGUGCGCUCUGUGCAUCAGACAGUACUGGAUAAGCUGGAGGUGGUGGACCGCCGCUAA